AAGGAAGAGAUGCACUGAAGAUUAAACAUGUAUGGGAAUUAUCCACACUUCAUCAAGUUUCCCACAGGCUUUGGCAAUUCUCCAGUUCACACCAAUUCAACUCCUGCAAAUCUGGCUCCGGCCCCUCCCACAAUGAACUCCAUAGAUGGUCAUCCCAACUCCCUCGAGUCUCCCCUCAAUGCUUCGAGGACGCUCUCCUCCCCAAUGAACUCUAUAGGGUCUGGCCAUACCACGGGCUCUCAGUACAGAGUCAUCACAUCUUCUGUUGGAUCUCAGUCAGUUCCUUUGUCCUCACCGCAAGGCAUACAUUUUACUGCCCAUACUAGCCCUCAGCUUAACGUCAUGAAUGCUAUCAGCAGCUCUGAAGAUCUGAAACCGCUGCCAAACCUACCAGGGAUGGGAGCCGUGAAUUAUGCAUCCACAAGCCCAGGAUCCCUGACCAAGCACAUCUGUGCAAUCUGUGGGGACAGGUCAUCAGGAAAGCAUUAUGGGGUGUACAGCUGUGAAGGAUGUAAAGGCUUUUUCAAGCGGACCAUCCGGAAGGACCUUCUGUACACUUGCCGCGAUAACAAAGACUGCCUGAUCGACAAGCGCCAGCGGAAUCGCUGCCAGUAUUGCCGCUAUCAGAAAUGCUUGGCAAUGGGCAUGAAGAGAGAAGCUGUUCAAGAGGAGAGGCAGAGGAGCAGAGAGAGGAGUGAGAAUGAAGCAGAAUCAACCAGCAGUGGUGGUGGCAGUGAAGACAUGCCUGUGGAGAGGAUUUUGGAAGCUGAAAUGGCCGUGGAACCCAAAACCGAACCUUACAGCGACACGAGCGUCGACAACUCAACCAACGAUCCUGUCACUAAUAUAUGCCACGCUGCUGAUAAGCAGCUAUUCACCUUGGUGGAAUGGGCCAAGCGGAUCCCCCACUUCUCCGACCUGACACUGGAAGACCAAGUCAUCCUUCUCCGUGCAGGUUGGAAUGAACUUCUGAUUGCCUCUUUCUCCCAUCGCUCGGUCUCUGUGCAGGAUGGCAUCCUGUUGGCCACGGGUUUACACGUACACCGGAGCAGCGCCCACAGUGCUGGGGUGGGCUCCAUUUUCGACAGAGUUCUCACUGAGCUUGUGUCCAAAAUGAAAGACAUGCAGAUGGACAAAUCUGAGCUGGGCUGCCUCCGAGCCAUCGUCCUGUUCAAUCCAGAUGCCAAAGGACUGUCCAGCCCAGCAGAAGUAGAAUUGCUACGGGAGAAAGUGUAUGCUGCUCUGGAGGCAUACACCAAACAGAAGUAUCCUGAACAACCUGGAAGAUUUGCGAAGCUCCUCCUGAGGCUUCCUGCCCUGCGAUCCAUUGGGCUGAAGUGCCUGGAGCACCUCUUUUUCUUCAAGCUGAUUGGGGACACCCCCAUCGACACGUUUCUCAUGGAGAUGCUGGAAACACCUCUGCAGAUCACUUGAAUUCUUACCAGCAGGCCCGA